UCUAUAUGGUGCAUGUCAAGUCUGCUCAUGUGUCAUAUUGAGGUUAUAAACAGGAAUUUCAAUUUAUAGCGGCCAAUGUUUUCAUUUGUUUGUAAAGGGUUGAGAGAAUGGUGCCCAAGUUUGUAUUUUGUAUAAUUCCGGCCGUUUUGGCCCUCAUUGGUAUUAGAAAAUUGCGUGAGCGUUCAUGGGGCUAUUGCAGAAAUCGUGUCUCAUUUGACAAUAAAGUUGUAGUAAUAACAGGUGCCAACAGUGGUAUUGGGUUCGAAGUUGCCAAAGAACUGGCUUCAAGAAAUGCCAUGGUUGUCUUAGCUUGCCGAAAACUGAAUUCAGCGAAAGAAGCAAUUGAAAGGAUUGAACAACAGUUUAAGAGAAAAUUGAAAAUGAGAGCAAUGGAGGUUGAUUUGGCGUCUUUGCUAUCAAUCAAGCAGUUUGCCUCAAACGUACAAAAACUCUACCCAGAGAUACACGUCCUAGUCAAUAACGCUGGUAUCGCAUAUCCAAAAACGGAGAAACAUUUCACUAAAGAUGGUUUUGAGAUUCACUUUGGUGUCAAUCAUUUGGGUCACUUUUACUUAACAAACUUACUGUUAGAUAAGUUGAAAAAAUCAACAUCUAGUCGCAUCAUAAUUGUGACUUCCUCUUUACUUGAGAAGGGCACAAUUGAUUUAAAAAAUUUGGAAAGUGGUAAAAACUUGUAUGCCAAUUCCAAGUUGGCUAACGCCUAUUUCUGUAAAGAACUUUCAAAGAGAAUCAAGGACACUGGGGUUAGUGUUUAUGGUGUUUGUCCUGGUUGGGUUUACACAGCACUUUUCCGGCAUUCUAUCCGUUGGUAUCACUACAUUAUGGUGGCCCCAAUCGCAUAUUUCUUCAUAAGGAGUCCAAAACAGGGUGCCCAAACCGUGAUUUAUUGCGCAUCUGAACCAGGAAUUGAACCACAAUCAGGAUCGUUGUUCCGCAACUGUAGUUUAUAUAAAUCUAAAGUAAAUUUUGAUGAAAAUCUCGCUGUGCAACUUUGGAAUGAAUCUGAUCGUUUGAUAAACCAAAAAAUAAAGUAGUCUGUGAAUAAAAGAGAAUUAGUAACAUA